UAAAAUUUGGGUUGACUCUUCUCCUUUUCCGUCGGGAAAGACGAUGUUUCGAGGAAACGCUCAUCCCGUUCUGUCUCCGGCUGCUCAUAUAUAGUAGAGCUUUGCAGCUUGGUGAGCUCAGAAUUCUCUCCAUUUCUCCAACACCAAGUCUCUCUCUCUCUCCUCCGCCCCCUCCAUCAACAAUUGUGCUUCCUGUGCUCCAGCUCCCGCUGGGCUCACAGUCGGGCGCGCUUUGUGUGCUCGAGCUCCACCGUACAAGUCUUAAGAGAGGUACAAAGUCGACGUUCUUCAGAGACAAAUUGACAUGGCGAACAAUUUACAUCAUGUUGUAAGUGCAAUGCCAGAGGCCAUUUCGUAUACAUUGUUAAAAGAAAUUACAAAGAACUUUUCAGAUGAGCUAAAAAUUGGUGAAGGUGGCUUUGGAAAAGUCUACAAGGCAAUAUAUAAUGAAGAAGAAAUUGCUGUGAAAAGGCUUUUUCUGAUAUCGGGCCUUGUUGAUGAGACAAAAUUUAACAAUGAACUUCUUAAUCUUGUGUGUGUCCAACAUCAAAAUAUUGUCAAGUUAGUUGGCUACUGUUAUGCAAUACAACGUCAAGUUACUGAAUACAAUGGAAAACAAACUUUUGCUGAUGUGGAUGAGAGAGUUCUUUGCUUUGAGUAAUUUCCCAGUGGGAGCCUCAAGAAGCAUCUCUCUGAUGAAUCACGUGAACUUAAUUGGUACAGACGUUACAAAAUAAUUGUCGGGAUUUGUGAGGGUCUAAAUUUCCUUCACAAUGGAUCUGAAAGAGAAAUUUACCAUCUUGAUUUAAAGCCUGCAAACAUAUUGUUGGAUGAGAACUGGAUGCCGAAAAUUUGUGACUUUGGUCUGUCAAGACUCAUUAAUGAUUCAAUAAGAAGCUUUAACACAGAACAUCUUUGUGGAUCACAUCCCUUCAUGCCACCAGAAUACAUAGAGACUGGCGGAAUCUCUAAGAAGCAUGAUGUAUUCAGCUUAGGCGUCACAAUCAUACAAAUAAUUGCAGGACCUAACGGCUAUGGCGAAUAUGUAGACAUGCCUUUCAAUAGAUUUGCAGAACUUGCACUCUUGAACUGGAGGGGAAGGAUAGAGGGAACAUCAAAGCACGUGGAAGAAUACUGCCAGCAAGUCAAGAAAUGUAUCACAAUUGCAUCAGCUUGCGUGGGACAUGACAAAGACAAAAGGCCAACUAUAGGGUCUACGUUGGAACAACUACAAGCCAUAACUCAUAGAACAGUAGAAGAAGAAGAAAGAGAAGGAGAACAGGAGCAGUUGGAACAGAUAGAAACCACGAUUGACAGAACAAUAGAAGAAGAAGAAAGAGAAGGAGAACAGGAGCAAAAGAAUUUUCAAGUUGUUAAGUAUGGGCCUUGGGGUGGAAAUGGCGGAACUGCCCAUGACAUCGGGGCAGCAUCUUCCCUCCGUCUCAAAAGUGUGACAAUUCGUUAUGGCGAUAUCAUUGAUUCACUUACGUUUUCAUAUAGCGAUCACAGUGGGUAUGUGCACACCGUUGGCCCAUGGGGUGGUACUGGUGGUGCGAACAAAUAUACGAUCAAUCUUGAUCCAACAGAUUUUGUGAAAGAAAUUUCUGGCAAAUUUGGUCCAUAUCCCUUAUCACAUUCCAAUGUCAUAACAUCUCUCAAGCUGGUAACCCAUGAGGAUACAUAUGGCCCUUUUGGAUUUGUAGAAGGAACUCCUUUUUGCGGCACAUUGGAAAGCGGAUGGGCUAUAGUUGGCUUCUUUGCACGUGCGGAGAGGUAUGUUCAUAAAAUUGGUGUGUAUGCCAGACCUUUGACGCUUGAUGCAGAAGGACUGACAGUGGCCACAACACCCGGCACCUCCGGUGCAACCACAAAAGAAGAAAAUGGUCAAGAAGGUGAUUCAACAGUCAGAGACUGUGACAUGGCUAGCAAAUUGCAAAAUAUAACAAGUCUAACGCUCCGAGUAUUACAAGAAAUCACAGAUAAUUUCUCCGAGAAGAGGAAAAUUGGUCAAGGCACGUAUGGAAAGGUCUAUGUGGCAGAGCUUGAAAAUGGAAAAGAAAUUGCUGUGAAGGUGCUUUACAAUAACAUGCCAAAGAUUGAUGAUGAACAAUUCCAAAGUGAGUUCGAAAACCUUAUGAGGCUCGAGCAUCACAACAUUGUAAGGUUAGUUGCCUAUUGCUAUGAAACACAACAUCAACCUAUGCAGUACGGGGGAAGAACAGUUUUUGCUGAAAGGACAUACAGAGCGCUCUGCUUUGAGUAUAUGCAAAAUGGAAGCCUUGAAAAACACCUUUCUGACGAAGGUGAUAGACUUGACUGGCAUACAUGUUACAAAAUUAUCAAGGGUACAUGGAAGGGUUUAAAGCACCUUCAUGAAGGAUUCGAUCAACCAAUUUACCAUUUGGACCUAAAACCAAGUAACAUAUUGUUAGACAAGAACAUGGUGCCAAAGCUUGCGGAUUUUGGUUUGUCCAGGCUCUUCGGUGAUAAACAAACCAUAAUCACACAAACUCCUAUAGGAACAAUUGGAUAUGUGCCGAUGGAAUUCUUACAUGGAAACAUCGUGUCGAACAAGUUUGACAUAUUCAGCUUGGGUGUUGUAAUGAUAAAAAUAAUUGCAGGCAAUGGAGGCCAUUCUAGAAGUGUCGAAAUGCCUCUCCGUGAGUCUUUUGAUAUGGUACGAGAAAAGUGGAGGGGUAGGAUGCUGGAAACAUGUCUAGCUUCAAAGCCACUGGAAGCAUAUUGCAAACAAGUUAAUGUAUGCACUGAGAUUGCACUAAGUUGCAUGGAUAUUGAUAGACACAAAAGGCCAAAUAUAUCGGAUAUAAUCAAUCAACUGAAUGGCACCGAAGAUGUGGUCAACAAGGCAUUUUCGUCGAGCAUUCCCACAAGCAUGUCAUGACUGUGGUCAUGAACAAGCCUGGCCCAAACUUCAUUGUUAAGCUCAAACUCGUUGAGGGCACGAGGAUGCUUGUCACCAUCGGCGGCCAAUACCAUAUGCGGCAUAUCAACAAACCUAGACCUUGAUGAGGAUUACUUUGUCAACCAAAUAUCAAACAAGGAUCAUGGGUUUGUUAGAUUGAACUACUACCCUCCAUGCCCGAGACCUGGCCUAGUUUCGGGCAUGAGGCCUCACUCAGAUGGUGGUCUCCUUACCAUGCAUCCUUUUUGUCGACCACGAUGUCGGUGGCUUACAAGUUGAGAGAGAUGGGAAAUGGUACAGUGUUCAAACCAAGCCUUAUUAGUUCGUGAUUAACUCAGCUGAAUGCAUGGAGACAAUGUUUAACGGAAUCUCCUGGAGCCCAGUCCACAUGUGGUGACGAAUGCCGUGAAGGAGUGGCUUUCCAUGACCGUGUUCUAUGCCAUGGAUGGGGAAACGGUGCUGGAGCCAGCGCCUGGUAUGUUGGAUGACAACCAAACCACCAAGAUAUGGGAAAUUCAAGGCCAAGGAUUUCGGUCUUUCUUUCGACUGGACGUUUCUGUCAAGGGAUUCAGUGGUCAUUAUUUUUUUUAUUUUAUUUUUUUGUGUUGAAUUCAGUGGUCAUUAUAUGUGGAAUUACUCUUUGCUUCAAAACACAUACAGUUGUUUGUAUAAAUAUGAUGCUUGGAUGUUACGGAAGAUCAA